ACUCCUCCGGAUCCUCCGUCUCUACAGGAAUACACACAUUUUGUUUUGUUCUGUUUAGUGUUGGGGGAAGGACACGCACUCAAUUAGGACUUUAAUUAAACCUCAGUGAUGGCUUUAUUGGACUUCAAUUAACAUUUUAAUUACAGUGUUACAGAUUAUUGGAAUGAAGUUAUAGAAAAGUCAUUAACACUCUGUUAAUGUAAUAAUAAUAAUAAUAAUAAUAAUAAUAGUGAUUGAUCCUUACACUGAUGUCCAAGAGUGAGAGAGGAGUGAGACAGGGACGUCACCCCGAGUGUUAAUCACUGGAGCAGGUUUAAUCGUCGGCCUGCAGGACUUUAUUUAUUUAAACUAUUUAUUAUUAUUAUUAUUAUUAUUAUUGGAUGGCUGCCAUGGUGACCUGGACAGCCAACUCACUUUAACAGAGACGAGGGGAGCGUCCCUUACACUGCACCUGAGAGAGUGAGACAGACCGACUGAUGGACAGACACAUAUAAACUGACCAAACUGACAGACAUUUGGGGAAAUCCCAAGAAAAUAGAUAAACAAAGAGAGAGACAGACAGAUAAAUAAAUAGACAGAAAGUUGGACAAAUAAUUACAUAGACUGAGAGACAGACAGAGAGAGAGACAGACAGAGACAGACAGACGACAGAUAACUGGAUAGAUAUUCAGAGAGACAGACGACAGAUCACCAAGCAGACAAACAUUUAGACGGACAGACGGAGGGAUAGACAGUCUGAUGCCCACUGUCUCUGCUGUCAAUCACUCGGGACGACGCCUCCUGCUGUUGCUAUGGGCAACCCACCUCGCCAUGGCAACCAACUGGCUUUCUCUGAUGCGUGUGCCGCGCUCUCGGCCGGUGUCUGGCUCAGAGGUGUGUGUGCGUCUGCGGGGUCUGUCGGUGGGGCAGGUGGGGGUGUGUAGGGCUCGAGGGGAGGUGAUGGAGUCCGUACGCAAAGCGGCUGAGAUGGUCAUCGACGAGUGCCAGCAUCAGUUCCGUAAUCGGAGGUGGAACUGCUCCACUACUCCUCGUGGUGUUAACGUGUUCGGCCGAGUCAUGACCCAAGGGACACGGGAGGCGGCGUUUGUACACGCCCUCUCCUCUGCGGCUGUAGCUGUUGCAGUGACACGAGGCUGCAGCCGGGGGGAGCUGGAGAGGUGUGGAUGUGAUCGCAAGGUCAGAGGAGUCAGCCCAGAGGGAUUCCAGUGGUCGGGGUGUUCAGAUAAUCUGUCGUACGGAGUGGCGUUCUCUCAGACGUUUGUUGAUGAGGCGGAGCGAGUGAAGGGCACGUCGUCAGGGCGACCGCUAAUGAACCUCCACAAUUACGAAGCAGGACGGAAGGCCAUCCUCCACAACAUGCAGGUGGAGUGUAAGUGUCACGGAGUUUCAGGUUCCUGUGAGCUUAAGACCUGCUGGAAGGUGAUGCCGCCGUUCCGCAGAGUCGGCGCUGUACUGAAGGAGCGAUUCGACGGAGCCACAGAGGUGCGCCUGACCCGUAUCGGCUCCCGCGCUGCUCUGCUGCCGAAGGACCCCGGCGUGAAGCCGCCCGCCGCGCGAGAUCUCGUCUACCUGGCCGCGUCUCCCGAUUUCUGUCGUCUCGACCCCGAGAACGGCGUCCUGGGAACCGCGGGCCGCCGCUGCAACGGGACAUCACGCCUCGCCCCGGACAGCUGUGACCUGCUGUGCUGCGGUCCGGGUUUCCGCUCGGGUCGAGCCGAAGUGGUUCAGCGCUGCUCCUGUAAAUUCUCCUGGUGCUGCUCGGUCCGGUGUCAGCAGUGCAAAAACACAGUGCUCGUACACACCUGCAGAGAGUGACACACACACACACACACACACAGUUUAUCAUUAAAGUGCAGCCUCAUCAUUCAGUCAAGACAAAAGUAAGGGCACCCUAUAAAUAAAGAGAGAGGUUGUGUACUGCAGGGUUUAGAACACCCCAUGCCUAGAGGGCGCUCUUUCACCACCUAGUCGUCGUUUAGUGGAGAUUUAGGGGC